AAGGUGGAAUGCGUCAUAUUGCGCACUGCUGAUUGUGUAUUUGUUUGGUAUCUUUGAUAGCCUAGAAUACCAGUGCUUCGAACAUGAGUGGACACUUUGGGUGAUGAGGAAUGUCUUUAGUGGAGACAGCAAAGGAAGCAGAUCACGAUUGUCAAGAUAAGGUGGAACAGGUGUAUGACCUGAUCCGGUGCAUUGAGGACCCUGAGAAGAGCGCCAGCCUGGAGGACCUGCGCGUGGUCAGCGAGGACGACGUGGCCGUCAGCCGGUUCCCGGGCGUGGGGAGCGCCUACUACGUGCGCGUGCAACUCACGCCGACGGUGCCGCACUGCAGUUUGGCUACGCUGAUUGGCCUGUGCGUGCGCGUGCGCCUGCAGGAGAACCUCGACUUCGAGCACAAGCUGGACGUCGUCAUCAAGGAGGGCUCACACCAGACCAGUGGCGAAGUGAGCAAGCAGAUCAACGACAAGGAGCGGGUGGCGGCCGCCAUGGAGAACCCCGGUCUGCUGAGCACGGUGCGCCGCUGCAUUCGCGACCCGGAGUAGCGCGGUCCGGCCGGCCAUGGACGGCUACCGAGGCCUGGUGCUGGGCGGCUGCACCACACUGGCGGUCGCCUGCCUGCUGGCAGCCGCCGCGCGCCGCCUGCUGCGCCGCCCCCCGGCGGCGCUGUU